CUUGUUACACAAUGUUCUUUCAAAGGUUGUGUACAUUUGUCAGGGAACAGAACGGACUCGUCGUGACUGUUAAAACAACAACAAGUGGACUCUUCUUGAGAGAAGAAGCUACAAAGUCUGUCAUCAUGAGCUCCUGACAUCUGCCUGGUUCGUCCGUCGAUAUGAGCGGUGCUGCUCUGGCUGUUGUGGUUGUAGUUGUCUUCUUCUUGGCCCUCUGCCUCCUCCAGCGCUAUGGAGACUUGCGGAAGCAGCAGCGGCUGGUCCUCCUAGGGACACUGCUCUCCUGGUACCUCUGCUUUCUCAUCGUCUUCAUCCUGCCACUUGAUGUCAGCACGACCGUCUACAGGCAGUGUCUUCUAGACACUUCAAACCGACCUACGCCUGUAACUCCGACUAAUCAGACUCAAGCCAGCUCAUCUCUUUAUCCAUCUGUGCGUGUACCAAGGUGUGUGCAGCCCUGGAGUUACAUCCCAGAUGGUGUCCUCCCAGUGUUCUGGAGAGUUGUUUACUGGACCUCCCAGUUUCUUACUUGGCUGUUGUUGCCCUUCAUGCAGUCUUAUGCACAGUCCGGAGCUUUCUCCAGAGUUGGAAAGAUUAAAACGGCUCUCAUUGAAAAUGCAAUCUAUUACGGCACCUACCUCCUCAUCUUCAUCUCUCUGCUCAUCUACGUGGCUGCUCACCCUCAGUGGAAACUCACAUGGGCGGAACUCCAGACCAUCGGUAUUACAGCUGCCAACACCUGGGGCCUCUUCCUUCUGGUGCUGUUGCUCGGCAAUGGCCUGGUUGAGAUCCCUCGUUCUUAUUGGCUCUCAUCUUCCCAUGGUUACCUGCUGGCAAAGGCCUACUUCAAGGCAGCAAAACUGUCUGCUGAGAAGGCUGCAGCUGAGGAGAACCUAGCAGAUGUAAUGGAGGAGGUGGCAGCUGUCCAUGAAUGUGUCAGGCACGACCAUUCUCUCAGGAAAUGUGUGGACACCAUUUUGACAAAGUGUCCCGCUGAUUACCAAGAGGACCUGGGAAAUGACAGUGAAACCACCUCUGUCCCUCCCACCAAAAAUGGACUCAUUAGGCUUCAUAAAAAAGUUAUAUCUGCAGUGCAGAGACAAAGUCAGACUCGGGUUCAGUGGUCGAUCUUGUUGGACCAGGCUUUUCAUCUGGAAGAUGUUGCUAAAAGCCAGAACAGCCCGGUCAAGCACUUUUUCCACAGCUUCCCCUCCACUCACGGCCACAGCUGGAUCCGAAGGUUCAUUUACACACCCACUGUGGAGUGGUACUGGGAGUGUGUGUUGCGGCAGGGUUUCUACAGGCUGCUGGCUUUGCUCCUGUGUUUCUUCUCCAUUGUAGUCGUGUGGUCCGAGUGCACCUUCUUCAGCACACACCCCGUCCUUUCUCUCUUUGCUGUGUUUAUUCAGAUGGCUGAAAAAAAAUACAACUACAUUUCAAUCGAGGUGGCGUGCUUCAUCACUAUCUUCUUCCUGUGUGUGUGUGUCUACUCCACAGUGUUCAGGAUACGAAUUUUCAACUACUAUUACCUGGUGCCACAUCACCAGACCGAUGCUUACAGCCUGCAGUUUAGCGGCAUGUUGUUUUGUCGCCUCACUCCACCUUUGUGCCUCAACUUCCUGGGCCUGAUUCACAUGGACUCGGCCAUCUCGCACCAGGAUAAAAUACAAACAUCCUACACUUCUAUCAUGGGCUCUAUGUCUCUGCUCUCCUUCAUAUCUGAUGGCUUCUAUAUCUAUUAUCCCAUACUGGUUUUACUGCUGUGCUUAGCCACUUUUUACAAUUUGGGCUCUCGUUGUUUGAACCUCCUGGGCUUCCAUCAGUACAUUACUGCCGAUGACUUGACCUCAGACUUGGUGAAUGAAGGCACAGAACUCAUCAGACGAGAAAGAAGGAAAAGACAGAAGGCUGAAGAUGGAGAAAAUCGCAGAUGGGCCUGGAGGGAGCAGUAUGGAGCUCAGGGGACCAGCGAGCAGAACACAGCGGGUUACUCUGAGAUAAAGGAUAACAAGUGCAGCCCUUUGAUGGCGAUCAAGAAAAGUGUAAUCACAUUUAUCAGAAGAGACGAAGAAACGGAUGAGCAGCAGACAAGCUUACUGCAAGAUGACUCCAAUGAUGAAGCUUCACCAAACAGGAAUCGAUCUACCGGAGGACAGUACCAGUCUCUGUCUAGCACAGCCAACUUUGACGAUGUUUGCUAGACUCAGGACCUGAAGGGAAAGCAAACAGUUAAAACAUUUAAAUCUCAGGGAAAAAAAGAGGAAAAUAAUUCUGUCAAAUGUAUGUAUUGUAUUAUAAUGUGAAGGGUUAAAGUUAAACGUUUUAAACAACUGUUUUCUGUAAGACUCUGAAGAGUUGCUUAACUGUAAAGAGAUUGAAGCAUAAACCUUUUUUUGUACACCCAACUAUUGUCUCAAGCAAACAUUUGAGUGCUUAUCUUUUUUAGUGUGACCAAACUGACAUUGGACAUGAAGCCAGUCUGUCACAGGUCUGUUGUUUUUUAAGUAUUAAUAUCCAUAUAAAAUGUUAUGAGCAUUACAUUUAAAUAAAAAAGAGCAGUGUUCUGUUUGGGUUACUAUGACAA